AUGACAGAGAUCAACACUAAUCUAUUAUCAAUACUGGAGAGUACUCAAGCUGAGUGUAAGGCCUACACUGAUAAACAAGUGUCAGACGUACGGUCUGAACUCAAGUCUGAUCUAGCUAGUUUUUCUGAUCGCUUGUGCUCAGUAGAGGGUCAAUCUGCCCGGUUAGCUGCUCUCGAAAUCGCUUUUGAAAAAAUAAAAGUCCCCACUACAAAUUCUUUUUCUAAUCCCCCUGUAACCACUCAAUCUCUGCUCGGGAUAGAUAGUCCUAAAAAAACAAGAUACUCUUUCGGCCCUCAAAUUCCUUCUUCUACUUUCAUUGCCCCACCCAAACCAGUCUCCACCAAUUUUCAACCCGCUCUUUCUCAUAAUCAACACGNAAUCAACUACCCCCCCUUUUAAAUCAAGAUAACGUUCAUAAUUCUCAACUUUAUUCUUCUAACAAUAGUUCUAUUUUCUCUCAAGAAAAAUACUCUGAUGUGAUCCCUGAAUUUAAUGGUAACCUCACCCCUACUCAUCCUGAAGCUUUUCUUGUCGAGAUCAAUGACUAUUUCCAGUUUCAAAAUAUCCCAGACUCUCUUAAAAUUAACAUGGUCCGAAGACGGAUGACUGGUGAUGCCAAACAAUGGUUCCAUGCCCUCACUCCUCCUCCUACCACUUUCCAUGAUUUCACCGUACUUUUCCGUCAACAUUUCUGGUCAUACAAUAAACAAUUAAUGACCCGUAAUGAACUCUCUCGUCCUUACUCUCAUCGCGAUACGUCCUCUCUUCAAAAACAUGCAAUAGAAUGGAUCAAUAAAGCCAAAUACCUUAAUCCCCCCAUGGAAAACGAAACCCUAAUUUUUCAAAUUCUCUCUCACUUCCCAGAAACAGUAGCUAGUCCUUUAAGAAUUCUCCGUAUCAAAACCCUUAAUGAACUCAUUGACCACCUUUCAUAUGCUGAGCAUUCUUACCGUCCUAACAAUAAUUCUUCCAAUAAUCCCUCAAAUUCAUAUGACCACUCUCAAAGUAAUCGACCUAAUAACACUAAUAAUAACUCCUCCAACCGUAAUAAUAAUUAUCAAGACAGAUAUCAAGGACGUCCCCCUUAUAGUAAUGACCGCCGCAACAAUCCUCCUGGUAAUCUUACAUCAAAUACUCCCAACACUUCUAGUACUUCUAAUACCUCUCAAAACCCUCCUACGGGAAACGCCCAAUGACCAGUCUUGUGAGGAAUCGAAGACCAGGUAAAGGGUUGUAAGCUCAAUGUCCAUUUCCCAACAUUCCUCAAUUAAACAUUCUCUCUCAUCCGUUAAGUCCCGAACAAAAUCAUCCGUUAAGUCCCGAACAAAAAAUUGCACCAUUACUUAGUUUUCGCCCCAAAAUCGACAUCUCCAUAUUUAAUAACUCCUAUACUGUCCUUCUUGAUUCUGGUGCUUCUGUCUCUGCUAUAUCUGAAACACUUUACAAUAUUUUAAAAAAUGAUCCCUCUAAAUUUGAUAUUCCCUAUUUCCCUCUUUCUACUAUAUUCUUAAAAACUGGAAUCUCAAAUCGGUCUGUCAAAAUUAAUUCCCAAAUCUACUUACAAUUUAAUAUUAACAACUUUAAAACGCACGCAAUUUUCUUAAUAGUUCCCUAUCUAUCCACUCCGUUUAUUUUAGGUACUGACUGGUUGCUUGAAAACGAUAUUUCCCUUAAUUAUAAAAUCCGUAAAGUUAUUUUACCUCCUCCCAAUGCUUCGGUUCCUUUUAAAAUUAUUUCUGUUAACAGUAGUAAUGAUCUAAUAUACUCCCUGAAACAUGUUGAACUAGAAGACCUCUGUUUAAAUUCUGUAGUCAAUGAACCCCGUGAAAGCUUGUUUCCUUUCCCUCUAACAAAAAAUGUUGCUCUUAAUGAUAUUCCUCUUGAUGAACAACAACAACAGUUAUUAGAAUCGCUAAUUAAUAAGUAUGAUCACAUUUUUCAGGAUCGUCCAGGGUUACAUAAUUCUUUUUCAUAUAAGUUCAAUGUUCGUGAACAUCAGCCUUACAAAUUAAAACCCUACCCUGUUCCGUUUUCUCGNCGCGAACGGAGGAGCCGUGCGACAACAACGACAACAGCAACAACAACAGUAAUAUCAGUCAGAAUAAACAAAAACCCCUUACAAUUUACCGAAUUUAUAAUAUUUUUGUUUUUUUUUUAUUUUUUUAUUUUAUCUCAGCACUUUUCCUACUUUUGUUUUCCCCCUCUAGUCCAUUUCUAGACCGUUCUAAAACUCACGUUACAAAAUUAUAAUAAAUAUAAAAUCAUUGAUGGACCGAGCUCUCUCUCUCUUUUUUUUUUCUCCCUUAUUUAAAACUAAAACAUGACCAACAAAANACUGCCCUUCUUGAUUCUGGUGCUUCUGUCUCUGCUAUAUCUGAAACACUUUACAAUAUUUUAAAAAAUGAUCCCUCUAAAUUUGAUAUUCCCUCUUUCCCUCUUUCUAGUAUAUUCUUAAAAACUGAAACAUGACCAACAAAAACCUACUGGUUCAGCCAACGCAACUUUGUUGUGUUUGGUCCGGCUUUUAGGUCACUGUUGAGUGUUCCCACUCAACAGUGGGUAAUGAGUAAGCCAACCGAGGUGGAAGCGGAAACCUUACAAACUGUAGAGUUUUUCCAAUUAUUUUGA